AUGACAGCAUUCCACGAGCACCGAUCCAGCUACAUGCCAUCGUCCCGCCAGAGUCGAAUGGCCAUUGAUUCUCUUCUCAACCCGUCGGGGUCGGCAGAAACCGAAUCCCCCUCGUCCAAAUUACAGUACAUCCCGAGUCCUCAGUGCUCGCCUCUCUAUCCCCCCAGUCCCAACCAUUACAUCUACUCGUUUGCCGACAGCCGCUCCUACCGGGAUCUGCCCGGAGGAUCCCAAGACCAGGGUUAUCUCUCGUACCCGCCGCGGUCGACGGAGUCCUCGCCCGGAGCGUACUCGCGAGACCGCUACGAUUCGGUCUCCAGCAGCUCCAGCAACGCCGAGAGAAGGCGCCCUCCUCGUCCCAAGUACGAGGAAGAGGAGAUGUACUUCAUCUGGUACCACCGCGUGGAUCUCUGUCAGGAGUGGAAGGAGGUCCGAGAGAGCUUCAACCGGCAGUUCCCCAGCCGUCAACGACGCGGAUUCCAAGGAAUUCAGUGCAAGUUCUACCGAUUCAUCAAAGAGAAGAAGUGCCCGACGUUGCGCGAGCAGCGACGCAUGCGAGACGGUGAAUUCCUCCGCGAGGGCUCAGGACUCGUCGAUUCGUCAGCUCCCAAGUACGGAGUCGUCGAAUGGGUGGGUAUUUGGUAUCCGUGGAUGCGCGAAAACAAAGAGCAAGUCAACAGUCGACGGAUCUCGGCAUAG